UGAUGCUCCGCCAGACGCGCGCAUCCCUGUUGGCAGCACACGUCUCGCAUUAGCACAGCAAACUCGAACAACAUCUGACCGGCACGAUGGAUGGGCAACAUAAAGACCGCAGAAUGACUCACUUGUGGAUAUUGACGUUACUGAUAUUAGUCUAAUCUCUAGCCCUGGAUAACUUGGUCUUUUCUAACUUCUUCUGGAUACGGAUUGUGGAGCUGGAUCUUGUCCUACAGGCUUUGGAAGAAGGAUUACAUUCAUUCCGAUCACUUUAUUUGUCAUCACUCCGUUUUCGCGAUCUCUUGGAAUAGGACCUUUUUGCGGGAGGACAAACUGAUUUUUUUAAGGAUACGCACACCAAACUCUAAAGGAUGGCCAUUUGGUUAACUUCUACUCUCGCAUUAGUUAUAACAUUAUUUACUCAGGUUCUGGGAUCAGGUGUGUUCGAGCUAGAUCUACAUCACUUUCAAAAUAGGAAAGGUUUGCUGGCAAAUGGACUUAGUUGCAGCAUGACCGGCUGCAGAACUUAUUUCACGGUUUGUCUGAAGAACUUCCAGACGGUGGUGUCCCCUGGAAAAUGUAUAUUUGGCAAAGUCACCACACCUGUCUUGGGCACCGACUCCUUCAGCAUCCAGCAGGACGCCAGGCUGCGUCUGCCGCUCAACGUCACCUGGCCGGGUGCUUUCUCAUUAGUUAUUGAAGCCUGGCAUUCUCCUGCCGCGGAGCUACCUGGAGAUACCACCAACCCUGAAUUCUUGAUUAGUUCUUUUGCCAUCCAACAACAGUUGGGAAUAGGGCAUGAGUGGUCUCCGGAUGUACAGAGCGGGGCGCAGACGGAGCUAAGGUACUCAUACCGGUUCAUCUGCAAAGAAAAUUACUACGGCCACACUUGUUCCAAAAUAUGCGCGCCGAGAGACGACCAUUUUGGCCACUACACCUGCAAGACUGACGGGCAAAUAGCCUGUCUACCUGGAUGGAAGGGAGAAUACUGCCAAGAACCCAUCUGUCUUGAGGGCUGCAAUGAAAGGAAUGGAAACUGCACAUUACCUGGAGAGUGCAAAUGCAGAGAGGGCUGGCAGGGCCUCUUUUGUGAUGUGUGUAAACUCCAUCCCUCCUGUAAACAUGGUACCUGUAUAGAGAAGUGGGAGUGCACCUGCAAAGAAGGCUGGGGAGGCAUCUUUUGUGACCAAGAUCUGAACUACUGCACCCAUCACAAACCCUGCACCAAUGGGGCUACGUGUAUGAACACGGGCCAUGGCAGCUACACCUGCACAUGCCUGCCAGGCUUCACCGGGGUUAACUGUGACUCAGAGGUCAGGGAGUGCGAUAGCCAGCCUUGUCAAAACAAAGGCCACUGCCUAGACUCUGACAAUGGCUAUGAGUGUGUAUGCCCACCGGGGUUUGAAGGGACAUACUGUGAGCACAAGAUGCUGACUUGUGCAGAUACACCAUGCUUUCAUGGUGGGAAGUGCAGAGAAAGGGAAAAUGGGCAUAGUUACAUAUGUGAGUGUCCAGCAGGAUACACUGGACGCAACUGUGAGAAGAAAGUGGAUAAAUGUACCUCACUGCAAUGUACAAAUGGUGGACAUUGUGUGAUCCAUGGUAACCUCCGACAGUGCAGCUGUCGCUUAGGCUUCACAGGGCUGCGCUGUGAGAUCAACAUCAAUGAGUGUGCUGGGGCCCCCUGUGCAAACGGCUCCACCUGCAUAGACCGCAUCAAUGAUUAUACCUGCACCUGCCCUCCAGGCUACACAGGCCGCCACUGUGACAAGCCCACAGACCGCUGUGCCUCUCAGCCCUGCCUGAAUGGAGGGACCUGCACCACCGGAGCCAAAGGCCAACCUACUUGCAUGUGCCCUACCCAUUACAGUGGUCCCCAUUGCCAGGCUAGUGACGUGCCUUUAGACAACACCUCAAGUGACAAAAUGAGCUUGGCAGGCAUCAGCUUAGGAGUAGGCCUGGUGGCUGUUCUGGUGCUUUUCUGGAUGGUAGUGGUGGUAAUACGUCAAGUCAAGAAGCAGAGAAGCAAAGAGCAAGACUCUGAGAUGAUGAACAACAUUUCCAAGGUUGACUUUCAGAAGGAGAACCUCAUCUCUACUGUAGAGUUGAAAAACACCAAUAAAAAGAUUGAUUUGGAGGUGGACUGUCCCAGGGAAAAGUCUAAUCACAAACACAUCAACCAUUUCCACCUGGACUUCAAAACCUCCAAGGGGUACAAGGAUGAACUGUCCCUUCUGGACAAAGAUGAAAACUGUGAAAAGACAAUAGAAGACAAAAAGCAUUUGAGUAGAAUGUACAGUAAAAGGCCAGAGUGUAGGAUAUCAACAACAUGUUCUUCCAGAGAUUCGGUGUACCAGUCUGUCUUUGUAAUACAAGAAGAGAAAAAUGAAUGCAUCAUUGCAACUGAGGUAUAAUAAGAUAUUUUUCAUCAUCAACAUUGGAUUUCUGGUGGACUGUUUACAAGUGUGAAGAGACUGGGAUUUAUUUAAAUGCAAGUUGCUGCUCUUAAAAACUUGAUAACUGGAUGGAGCCGGUGUGCUCUUCAUAUGCAAUAGAACUACUAAACCUUGUGAGAAUGUAAUGACUGAAAGAGACUGCAAGAAAUAAUGAGCAAAUCUCACUUGUGGGUGAUUUUGACUCAAACCCUUGCUUGCUCUGCCCAAGUUCAUCCAGUGGCAACGGGCCGACAUGUAUAUGCCUGCGUGUUGAUUAGAAGCAGAGGACUAUCUUGUUGUCCUCCUCUCCACUUCACUGCAGUAACCCACAAUCAGUAAAACAACUUACUGCCAAUAUAUCUGUGGAUGGAGCUAGCCUUUUCUACUUUUUGUGACCCGCAAUGUGCUAUGCAAACAAAAAUCAGCAUUGUGCUACAUCAAAAAGGGACAAAAACUACUGAAAACGGUUCAUUUUUGAAAGAUAUUUUGGGUAAUCGGUUUUGUAAAUCUAAUCCUAUUUUAUAAAGAAUGUAUACAACCUAGACCACAAAGCCUUAUAUAUGUGUUUCAAAAAAAAACUUUGUGCCCCGCCUUAUCUUGAUUCCUUUGCACAAAAAAUCAAAACAAUGCUAUGCUAUAGUGCCAUGCAGGGAAACUCAUGAAAAGGCCUUGCUUUACCUUAUGCAAGGUCACUCUAAAUAAAGAAAUACACAAAGAGACUAUCUUACCAAGGAUGCCUUCAAAGGAAAUUACAAACCAAUAAUGUUAUUUUACAAGAUUAGUAUUCCAUUAGUAAUUUAAGAAUAUGAAGCACUGAUCUUUCUCUUUCUGUUUUAUAAGAUUAUUUUGUAUAUACUGUAUAUUUAUAUGUUAAGAUUAGAAAUAUGAUUUGUACAUCUGUUUUUAGGUUGAUGCCUCAAAAAGAUGAAUUUAUUUUUGAAGUGUUGGUGUUUUGUUUUAUUUUAUUUUGUGCUAUAAAAAGAAUCAAUUAAUACAUAUCUGGUACACAGUUUGUCUGUUGGUCUUCAAGUGGUUGAGUGUACAUGUGGUCAAACAGAAAUCCUAAUUUAAAUGUUAUUCAUUUAAAAAUAUAUAUAUAUUUGUGUCAACUGGUGUGGAGAUGGCUUCAUUGUCUAUAAUAUUAGGCCUGGCAUUUCUAACGAUGUCUAAUGUCCACAACAUCCGUGUCAGUGUAAUGUGAACUCAGUGUGCUAGCAAUCAGACAGUGGACAAUCUUUUAAUUGGCAAUAAUGUAAGGAAAUACUGAAAGUGACAUAUUUUUUAAAAAUCUGUAUGUGAA